ACGGCAAACUGAAAACAACAAAACGCAUUUAAAUCAGAUGACCUUUCGUCAUGACGUGAUUGUAGCUCUUCCGGGUCAAAAGGCGCCAGCAUGGACACGGGGAAUGUUCUUGCAUCUCUGGGGGUAGAAGGAGCCACCGCUGCUGCGCAUGCGCUUUCUCUUCCAGCAGAAGCGUAUGGAAAUGAUGCCCAGUUGGAAGUAAUGUGGGCUAUGAAAGCCUACAAUCACGCUGAAGUUUACUUUAAUCUUAUUUCCUCCGUUGAGCCUAAAUUUCUAAAACUAACUAAAUCAGAUGAGCAGAUAUACACUAAAUUCCGGGAAGCAUUUCCUGACCUCAGUAUUGGAGUUCUGGACCCGGACCUGCUGAAGUCAGCAGACGCUAAAGAGAAAUGGAGGCCCUUUUGUAACCAGUUUGAAGGUGUUGUAGAUGACUUCAACUAUGGUACAUUAUUACGUCUAGACUGUCAGAAGGACUACACUGAGGAGAACACGAUAUUUGCGACCAGAAUCCAGUUUUACGCCAUUGAGAUUGCCAGAAACCGAGAAGGAUACAAUGACAUCGUCCACAACGCCAAUUCAAAAACCAAACAACAUAAAAAAGAUGAGUGUUAAUCAUGACAGUGUGGUAUUUAAAGUGGCCUUCUUGGCAUAGUAGAGAUCUUACACAUCAAGUUCAAAAGUGGAGAAAUGCAUAAUAAAUGUCCUAUGUAAAAGAGUUGCUUUUUCCAUCUGUACUUAAGUUGGAAGGUGGAUAAAAUUUAGUUUCGUUUUUCCUGUAAUGUCUCACUUUUUUUGUAAUAAAUAACAGCACAUUUCCCCCUGAAAA